AUGAACCUCUUUGUCACCACAUUCAUUACUCUGGUAUCCUUUGCCGCCGUCGCUAAUGAGCCAAGACCGGUGCAACCAUUAACUUCGUCGGCACCACGACGUUUGGUACAGCGAAAUGGACCGGGCCACUUGUCUGGAUUAGCGGAAACCAUCUCACUUCAAAGGUUCCGGCAAACUCUAGACGGCCAGGGCGCAUGGUACUGGCGUCAGGGCACAUCGAUACUUCGCCCGAUCUUUUUUCCGAAUGGCGACCGUCUUGGACUCGACUAUCUCGGGCUUUACGAUCAAGAACUCCCCGUUUCACACAUUCAGCAUCGUCGACUGCAAGAGAACGACUCUCACGGAAAUGAAUGCACUGAAAGUCACGGUAUCUCGAUCGGCUCCGUUGGUGGUAAUUUGGUUGACGAUAGCACGACGGUAUCCGACUUCGUCGCUCAGGACAACACCAUUACCAACAGCUUGAAUGGCCUCCGCAUCAAAGCAGUGGCGGACCUGAAGGGAAUGGUGGACAAUGUGAAGGUGACAAUCUCCGAGAUCAAGGUGGACGGACUCUCGGGCUCGGCAAGCCAGGUGUACGAUAUCGUUGUUAACCCGAACAUGGUUUCGAUGUGGACGUUCACGGGUAUCACUGUGACGGGCGCGAAGGGUACUUGCACUGGCCAACCAACUGGCAUCUGUUGA